AUGUCCUCCUAUGGCACUCUGGCCGCGUAUGAGCGCAUGCGCACGCGCGACCCGGUUGACAUCCCGAUGAUCAUCAACGGCCAGGAGGUCUUUACUGGGAAUGUGGUGGAGCUGACCCCGCCGCAUGACCACAAGAACGUCUACGCCCGGAUCCAUGUGGCCGAUGGCACUGGUCUGGUCAAGGAGGCCGUGUCCGGGGCUCUGGCCGCCCGGGCCGAGUGGGAGUCCAUGUCCUCGGAGGCGCGGUCCGGCAUCUUCCUCCGCGCGGCCCGGCUCCUGUCCACCAAGUACCGCCAUGAGGUGUGCGCGGCCACCAUGCUCGGCCUGUCGAAGAACCUCUUCCAGGCGGAGAUCGACGCUGCCUGUGAGACCAUCGACUUCUGGCGCUUCAAUGCCUUCUAUGCCAACGAGAUUUACAGCCACCAGCCGGCCGCCCACUCGCCCGGCGUCUGGAACCGCCUGGAGCACCGCCCCCUGGAGGGCUUCGUCGCGGCCAUCUCCCCCUUCAACUUCAUUGCCAUCGGGUCCAACUUGGCCAGCGCCCCGGCGCAGAUGGGCAAUGUCGUCGUGCUGAAGCCGGCUCUCGAGACCGGCCUGGCUUCGAGCCUGAUGAUGCGCAUCCUCCAGGAGGCCGGCCUGCCGCCCGGUGUCAUCCAGUAUGUCCCGGUGCUGGAUCCCCGCGGGGACUUCACCCAGGACGCCCUGCACCAUCCGGCCCUGGGUGGCCUGCACUUCACCGGCAGCACCAAUGUCUUUGCCCAGCUGCAGCGUGACAUCGCCGCCGGCAUCGGCGGCAACCCGGACACCGACCCGGCCCCGGGCGAUUCCACCGGUCGCCAGCCGUACCACUCCUUCCCCCGGCUGGUCGGCGAGACCGGCGGCAAGAACUACCUCUUUGCCCACGAGUCGGCCCUGGCCUCGGAGGAGGGGCGUCGCGAUGUGGCGGCCCAGCUCCUGCGCGGUGCCUUCGAAUUCAACGGCCAGAAGUGCAGCGCCACCAGCCGUGCCUAUGUCCCGGCCUCCCAGUGGCCCGCUCUCCGCCGUGUGCUCGAGGAGGAGGUUGCCCGCAUCAAGGUUACCGGUCCCUCGGAUCCGCAGAGCUUCGUCACGGCCGUCAUCAAUCGCCCGGCCUUCGACCGCCUGGCUUCGGCCAUCGAGGGCGCCAAGGCCGACCCGGAGAUGGAUCUUGUGGCCGGUGGCGAGUGCGACGACCGGGUUGGCUACUUCGUCGGGCCCACCGUGCUGGCGGUGGACCUGGCUUCGCUGGGGGGUGGUGCCUCGGCCGCCGGGCAUAUGGCCGCGCUGGAGCGCGCCCAUGCCAAGCACACUGUCCGGUCGGAGCUCUUCGGCCCGGUGAUCACGGUGGUGGUGUACGACGACCAGCACUGGCAGGCGGUGGCCCGGGCCGCGGCCGAUGCCAGCCCCUAUGCCCUGACCGGGGCCAUCUUCGCCCGCGAUCGCCGGGUGCUCGAGGAGCUGGCCUCCACCCUGCGCCAUGCCCAGGGGAACCUCUACCUCAACGACAAGUCCACUGGCGCCGUGGUCGGGCAGCAGCCCUUCGGCGGCAGCCGCCGGUCCGGCACCAAUGACAAGGCCGGCCACGCUCUCAACCUCCAGCGCUGGGUCAGCACCAUGGCCAUCAAGGAGAACCUCUCGGCCCCCCUGACCACCUGGGAGUACCCGUACAUGAUGGAGUAA